UUGGUAAUGAAUUUUCAACAGUAGAAAGCUUUAAGAAAACAGUCCAACAAGAUGCCAAAGUAGCAGGUUUUGCCUUCAGUGUAUCAUUAUCAAAAGUAUCAGGUGGUAAGAAAGGUGGUUAUACUUCUUUUGUUAUUCUGCAAUAUAUAAUAGGAG